UUUUAUCAUUACAAGAUACGUAGUAUCUCUUAUUAGUCUGUGGUCAUAACAAAGAAGCGUGCUUGAUUUUGAUUGAGUCAAGUUGAGUCGAUCUUUUAAUUUGUUAAGAUUUUAUAAUAUAAAUUGUAAACAACUGUAUUUAUAAGAAUAUUUGUCAGAGGGAUGCGCAAUUUUAAGUAAUUAGCCUUUCACAAACCAAAAAAUGAAGAUUUCAGAGCUACCAGGAGAUGAGGAGUCAGGAGCAACCUGUCGUACAUACGUCUUCCAGAAUGAGAGCCACACACUUGGGAAUGCUUUGAAAUGUAUAAUCAACCGAUAUGAUGAUGUCCAGUUUUGCGGCUACACAGUUCCUCAUCCAGCUGAAGCAAAAAUGCACUUCAGAAUACAAACAUUUGAGACUCCAGCUUUAGAAGUAUUAAAACGGGGAUUGAAGGAUCUAGAGAAAGUGUGUGACCAUACAAUGGAUCUGUUUGAGAAAGAAGUAAAGGAAUUCAAUAAAACUUAAAACACAUA